CUUAAGAGAAGACCUCCAUUUUAAUUUUCAUCACCUUCUUCCUUCUCUUUCACUCAAUACUCCACACAUAAUUUUCCUAAGUGACAAGAGAAAGAACCAUAAAAGAGCAGAGAGUUUCUUUAAUGGAGUUUUAGAGGAUACGAUUAAAAGAAAAAAAAUCAAGAAGCUUCCCCGAAGGAUUUUUUUUAUAAAAAAAAAACAUCAAUGGAGAUUUCAACAAACCCACCAUCUUCUUCAUCAUCAUCAGCUUCAUCUUCUUUACAUCAUCACAUCAUAACUAGAUCUGAUCAUUAUCCAACAACUUUUGUUCAAGCAGACACUUCUUCUUUCAAACAAGUCGUACAGAUGCUCACGGGAAGCUCUUCCCCGAGAUCUCCGGACUCGCCACGUCCUCCGACGACUCCUUCCGGCAAAGGUAAUUUCGUGAUUCCACCGAUCAAAACCGCACAGCCGAAGAAACAUUCCGGUAACAAGCUUUACGAGAGGAGAUCACACGGCGGGUUCAACAACAACCUCAUCAAGAACAGUCUCAUGAUCGGUGGUGGCGCCGGGAGUCCGAGAUUCUCGCCGAGGAAUCAGGAGAUUUUGUCGCCUAGCUGUCUUGAUUUCCCCAAGCUUGCACUUAACAGUCCCGUGACGCCGUUAAAGCAGGGAAACAGCGGAAACGACGGCGACCCUUUUGACAGGUUGUCGCCAUUAUCUGAGGAAGAGAGAGCCAUCGCCGACAAGGGUUAUUACCUUCACCAGUCUCCGAUUUCUACUCCGAGAGAAUCGGAGCCGCAGCUUCUUCCACUGUUCCCGGUGACUUCUCCGAGAGUAUCACCGGCAGAGUAGACUUGAGAGACUGUUUAUAAUUUUUUUACUGCCACGACUGGAAUUUUCGUUUUUUUUUUUUUGUUUUAAUAACUUUGCUCUGCUUUUAAAUUAUCUUUCUUACUACU